ACAUUUUUUCCCUAACAUCUACAGUACAUACAAAAACUCAGAGUGUACGUCGGCACAUGUGGAUACUAUAGGUCCCAUCCUACUACAUUCAGCGUAGAAGAAGCCAUCACUGAGUAGCACGCCGGCACACCGCUUUGAAGGGAAAUGAUUGCCACGACCACGACCGGCAGCUCGGCGAAGGCGGCGGCGGUGGGUGGCAAGGAGGCGCGCGCCUGUGACGCGUGCCUGCGCCGGCGGGCCAGGUGGUACUGCGCAGCGGACGACGCGUUCCUGUGCCAAGUCUGCGACACGUCGGUGCACUCCGCGAACUCGCUCGCGCGGCGUCACGAGAGGCUGCGUCUGCGCCCCACGUCUCCGCUGCAGACGCCGCCGCCUCCCACGCCGGCGUCAGCGAAUCGCGAGAGCCACGACGAGGUGGUGCCGGCGUGGUUCAAGCGCAAGGCGCGCACCCCGCGCGGUGGGCGCGCCAAAAGCGAUGUGCGGACGUUGUCGCGGCGCCUCGUUGUGCCCCAUGCGGCGGGCGGGGACUCGCCAGAUGGUCGGAACGACGAGGGGGAGUUCGAGGCCGAGGAGCCGGAGGAGGAGGUGCUUUACCGCGUGCCUGUCUUUGACCCUGCCCUGGCAGAGUUCUGCUCGCCCCAGCCUCUUGAGGACGCGGCCGCUCUCGCGUCGUCCUGCAACGAAGACGGCGCCGUCGAGGACCCGGCGAAGACAGAUCGAGAGACACCUGCAGCGGCGCCGCUGGUGCAGUUUUUCCCCGACGGAGGUCAUGCCAACUUCGGGCCGACCGACGCCGAGCUCAGGGAGUUCGCCGCGGACAUGGAGGCCUUGCUCGGGUACGGCCUGGACGACGGCAACGAGGAGAGCUCGUCGUUCUGCAUGGAGACGCUGGGCCUCCUGGAACCGGUGGAAGUGGGUGAAGACGCGUCGCGAGUCAAGGUGGAGACUGACGCCGGCAGUGCCUGCGAAGCCAGUGGCACGCUGGCGUGCGCCCUCGAGCUGCUGGACCCAGAUGCAUCUGACGAGAUGCUGGACAUCGACUUCAACUACGGCUCGCCUCAGGACACGACGACGACCGAGAAUGCCGCGAGCAGCAGCCACACGGGAACCGACGGCCAGUUCUUGCAGACGAGCCUCUCGCUCACCCUCAACUACGAGGCCAUCAUCCAGAGCUGGGGGAGCUCGCCGUGGACCGGCGGCGCCGAACGACCACAUGUCAAGCUCGACGACAGCUGGCCCCACGACUGCACGAACAUGUGGGUUGUGGGACGAGGAAUGGUCGGCCACGGCGGUGAGGACUUGCUGGGCACGCCGAGGCUGGGGCAGGGCAUGGACGACGUUGGCCGGGAGGCCCGAGUGUCGCGGUACCGGGAGAAGCGCAGGACGCGGCUCUUCUCCAAGAAGAUCCGGUACGAGGUGCGCAAGCUCAACGCCGAGAAGCGGCCACGGAUGAAGGGCCGCUUCGUCAAGCGCGCCACCGCCGGUGGCAGUCUCACCAUCGCUGGCCUCGCUUAGUGCCGCCGGCAUUCUGCAUGCUUGGUUGUGCCUGCGUGGCUGCAUAUAUAUAUAUACUGGAGGUGC